AUGGCUAUUCCAUCCCUUUUAAGUUGUAAAAGCAAUAACAGUUCUACUGACGACAAGAUAGAGGAAUGCACAAAUAACGUGUACGAAUUAAAGAAUGAAUAUAUAUUUGUUUAUCGAUGUAAUAUAUGUUUAUUAUUAUUUACAUGUGUGUAUACAUUUGCAGAACAUAUUACUUCGGAAAACCAUAGAGUUAAACAAUUAGAUGCUUUAAAAAAGGAUAAAUAUUUCAACUGUUUGAGAUGUAAAUAUAUUUGUUUGAGUGUUGUUAAAAUGAUUAAACAUAUUGAAUUAUAUAAUCAUGGACAUAAUAUUUUGAAGAAAAUAAAAAAAAAAAUCCUGUACACUGGAAAGGCUAGUUGUGAAUGUAAAAUGAAAUGUUAUUUUUUUUAUUCUCAAAAUAAAAAUUUAACAAACAUAGAGAGGUGUACUACGUUAUAUAAUGAUAAUAAUAUAGAGCGAUAUGGACUAAAUGUUGAAGACAGAUAUGUUAUCCAUGAUAUAAAUGUAGAACAUAGAGUGAAUAAUAUGAACAAUGAAAAGAAAGAAACAAAAAAGAAAUACAAUAAUAAAAUGUAUAAUGAUGUUGAUGAUGAUAAUGAUGAUAAUGGUGAUAAUGAUGAUAAUGAUUAUAAUGAUGAUAAUGGUAAUAAUGAUGAUAAUGGUAAUAAUGAUGAUAAUGGUGAUAAUAAUAAUGGUAAUAAUAAUAAUUAUAAUAAUAAUAAUAAUAAUAAUAAUAAUGGUAAUAAUAAUAAUUAUUAUAAUAAUAAUUAUUAUAAUAAUAGUAAUUGUAAAAUACAAGAAUUUAUUAUGCCACUAGAUAAUAAUAAUAAUGAUAUCACAUUACAAAAUAAAUAUGUAUCCUUAAAUAAUAUACAAAAUAAAGAAUUCAUUAAAAAAUAUUCCUUACCAAUAAUCAUGGGGGGAAGUCAUGUAGCUACCAAGAGUUAUAUGAAUUUGCAACAUGAUAAGAGUGAUGAUCAAGAAUAUAAUUCAUAUCCCUAUAAUAGAGAUAAAGAACAAAUGGAUAUAGAUUAUUCAUAUCAUAGUGUAGAAAAAAUAAAUAAUAUCCAUACCAACGUUUUACUGAAACUUGAAGAAACAACUAAAAAUGAAACACACAAAGAAUAUAUGAACAAUAUUCUUUAUGAUCAGAAUAAAAAUGAAAAAAGAAAUUUAUUAAUACAUAUGUAUGAAAAUAAUUACAAUUUCAAUGAUAAUAUAAUAUUAAAUAAUAAUAAAUCAUAUAUAGAAAAAGAUUUUUUAUCUAAUGAUGAAAAAAGAAUUAACUCUAUACAAUAUGGAAUAGAUCAUUUUGAUUUUAAUAUGAAUAAAAGAAAUACAUAUCCUACAGAUGUAGCUAGCCAUUCAUUAAUAAAAAAUUUAAUUCCGAAUAUUAACAAUUCAUAUUCGUCUAAUAUAAAUAAUAAAAUGAAUGAGGCUAAAAUGAAUCAUAAUAUAAAUAAUCUGCAUAAUUAUAUGAAUAAAUAUACAUGCUCUAAUUUUAUACUACCUGGGGAAACAAACGAUGAAAAAAAUAAAGAAGAACAAAACAGAUCAUACAAUUUAAACAAGAGGGAUUAUAUACUUCGUAAUUUAAUACAUGAAGAGAAUACUAUAAAUAAUACAAAUAGUACAAAUCAUACAAAUCAUACAAAUAAUACAAAUCAUCAAUUUCAAAAUAACAAACGUGAAGAUAAUUCUCUCUGCCUUUAUAAUGAUGAUAUUGAAAAAAAUUCAUUUUACGAAAAUAGACAUAUAUAUUUUGAUGCAAUUUUUAAUUCAUAUUUUCUUAAAGAUAUUCUACAUAAUGGAAAAGAUAAAGGCGAUAAUUGUAUUGAUGUUGAAAAUUAUGAAAUGAAAAAUGAGGAAGAAGAAAUAAAACAAUUUAUACCGGUAAAUUUAAAUCCAUGUUUUUAUCAGAAUGAGCCUGAUAUAUUAUUGAAAUUACCACACGAAGAGAAAAAAAUUGCUGAAGAGAUGGUUGGUUAUGUGAACAAAAAUGUUGAUAAUGUAAAUAAUGAAAAUAAUGAUGAUGGUAAUUAUAACAAUAAUAAUAAUAUAAUUUUAAAUGAACAACCAUGUUAUAAUAAUAUAGAACAAGAAAUACUCAUGAACAUGAAUAAAUCGUUUUUCAAAGGUUUAAAUAAAAAUACAAAAGAAGACAUACAAAAUUUACAUGGAAAAAAAUGUUCUGACAAUAUGUGUGAAGAAACAAAUAAAGAACAGGAUAUAGUAGAAAAUAUUUAUAUGAAAAAUAUAUAUAAUAAUAUAUUAAAUAGGAACAAUGACGAGAAUAAUAAUAUUCAAGAUAAAUCUAAUAAUACAAGUAUAUGUGAUAUAAAUAAAAAUGAAUCUUUGUCCUCUUUACAUAAUAUAAAAAAUCAGAGCGAAAAUAAUAAAUACAAUAAAAUGAAUGAAAAUAAUAAUGAUUAUUACUUGAAUAAAAUAGGACACGACGUAAAUAAUUUUUUAAAUAUAUUAUUUGAUAAAAAAAAUGAAAUGAUGAAUAAUAAGAACAGUGUGGUGAAUAGUAUGUAUACGUCAGACAAUAAAUUGGAUAUAACACAUAAUAAUAAAAACAACAAUAAUAAUAAUAAUAAUAAAAACGACAAUAAUAAUAAUAAUAAAAACAACAACAAUAAUAAUAAUAAAAACAACAACAAUAAUAAUAAUAAUAAUAGUAAUCUUUUUUGUAAUUAUGAUAUUCAGUAUGCACCCAUUUAUGAUAAAUCGCAUUUAUCCAAUGAAAAAAAUAAUUUAUCUUAUGAUUUAAAUCUAUCUUCUUUACCAAGCAGUAACAUGAAUAAAAAUUUGAUAUAUUAUGAAAAAAAUAGUAACCUUCUUAAUAAUAAUACAAACCAUACAAAUAUACAAGAAGAUAUAAAUCAUAGCGAUGUAGAAGGAAAAAAAGAAAACCAUUCAUGCAAUUUGUUACCACAUAACAUUUGUUAUAUUGAUAAAAAGGUAGAUGAAAAUAAUGGACAUAUAUUAUCACAUGAACAAAGUUAUAAUAUGAUUUCUCAAAAAAAUGUUUAUAACAAUUUAUAUCAUGUGAAUACAGAUAAUGAGAAACCAAAAAAAGUAAUAAUAAAAGAUCAAGGUGAUAAUACGAAUAUUUAUAUCUCUAAUGAAUAUACAGAGGCAAAUAAAAAGAGAAUAUUAUUCGUUAAAGAAAUAAAUGAAAUAAAAAAAAUAAUCCAAAAAGAAACUAUGAACAGCAAUGUAAAUAAUAUAUAUUUCAACAAUAAUAAUAAUAUUAAUAAUAAUAAUAAUAAUAAUAUUAAUAAUAAUGUUUAUAAUAGUCCUGUUGAAAAUAUUAUAAAUAUGAAACCAUUAAUAUAUUAUGGUAAGGAAAAAAUCUUACAUAAAGGAAAAUUUAAAAAAUAUUAUACUACUCCUCCUAUUCCUGAUAAUAAUAAUUCAUAUGAAAUUAGGAUGGUACAAAAAAGUAAUACAGAUACUUAUGCAGCUAACAUAAAAUAA